ACUACUUCCUGGGAUUAAAGGCAUGUGUCAAGAUGCCUGGCUCUUUCCAGUGUGGCUUUGAACUCACAGAUAUCUGGAUGGACCACUGCAUCUGGAAUGCUAAGUUCAAAGGGCACUGUCCCUAAGGGAGCUGUUCAGAUCACUCAGGCCCCAGUAGCCAGUCAGGACCUCCAGAUGCACUGCCAAUCAGAAUGGGGAGGGCACUUCCGGUCCGCCCUGCAGGAUGGUUUCUGGCUCAGUGGUUAAAGGUGGAUCUCCUGUUCUGUGUGCUGGACUGUGACUGGUGGCUGGGAUCCAUGAAGAGAGCGUGUGAGCACGGAAUCCGCCAUGGAUGCAGUGACCUAUGAGGAUGUGCAUGUGAACUUCACUCAUGAAGAGUGGGCUUUGCUGGAUCCUUCCCAGAAGAGUCUCUACAAAGAUGUGAUGCUGGAAACCUACUGGAAUCUCACUAUUGUAGGGUACAAAUGGGAAGACCACAAUAUUGAAGAACAUUAUCCAAAUUCUACAAGACAUAGCAGGCAUGUCAUCUGUCACUCUGGAUACUAUCCAUGUGAGCAUAAGGGACAUGGAAAGAAGCAUUGUUCUUCUGUCUCUCUCAGAACAACUGGAAGAUAUGUGGUAGUCCCCACUAUGAGAAGACAUGAUGCUGGUGAUACAAGUUUACACUUAAUUGGUUUUCCAACUUCAGUGAGAAUUCAUCAAGAAACUCUCAUCAGAGACAAACUUUAUGAGUACCAGGAAUAUGGAAAUUCAUCUCCCUCUUCUGGUUCACUGUGCACAUGUAGUGUGGCUCACAGUAUAACAAAAUGUUAUGAAUGCAAUCACUGUUCUCUGAUUUCUUCAAGUUCUCUUCAAAGAUGUGAAAAAGCUCAUGUGGGAGGAGAAAAUAAUAAAUGUGAGUCAUCAGCUAUAGGCUUUAGGCUUGACAGGCAUCAUCAAACACACCACAGAACCAAUAACAAAGAGGCUCUCUAU